AUGGACGAGAAUAUUCUCCAAAGUUUAUCGUCGCAAAGGUCGCAGGAGUGCCAACUGAUCGAUCUGACUCUGGGCAAACUGAAGAAACUACACGCGUCUGAGUUGGCCAUCUUGGGUGACCUGUACCGGGAAGAUCGGUGGCGCUGGACCCCAGAACAUGGUCUCCAGGUGGGACUCCCUCAAGACUUGCAAGUCCGAUGGUUCUCGCGCGAAUCGGUCUGGGAUUUGCAGAACCGAAUUCGCCCAUUGACUCUUCCUGGCGGUGACCCGGACCCGAAUGCGGAUCGACGUUUGGAAAAGCAAGAAUAUGUCUGGCUUUUAUCACAGAUGCUACACUACAAGUUGGGGUUUGCACUGACUCCUAUCGAUGCCGCCGCCAGAAUCGCGGCCGCUCUACUUACCGGCAAUGUACAGCAACCGGACAAACUCAAGCGUCGUGCGCAAAAACUAAGGCGAGGAUACCAAGGUCAUCACAGUCUUCGAAGCACAGGAUUACAACUAGGGUCAGCCGUCAAUGAAGAAACGAGCCGCUUUGAUGGUGAAUCAGAAGGAGAACAGGAGCUCGAAGACGGUGUGUCUAAUGAAGCAAGAGGUCGAGCACACUCUUCGGUCGAUUCUGGCUUGGAGAGACUGGUAGCGUCAGAGAAAGUCAGAGCGGACAAAGAGGCAGUUGCCCUUGAUCUAGUCGAAAGAGACGACAAUAGCAACGUCGGUGAAGCGUGCCCAGACAAGAGAAAGACGCCCGUGAUGGUCUCGACCAACGACACCAGCCAGAUCCAAGGGGCCACGAGAUCAAACUUGUCCAAUCUAGUACAAAAGCCAUGGGUUUCUCACAUCCAAACCCUGAAGCCUCAGGACCCGCUUCCGCCGGUACCGCAGCCAGGUCAGUUUGGUUCACAAACCGGAACAGCCAAGCACGCAAAGGGAACCCAGACUCUUCCAACACCAGAAACGGACGCCUCAGUGCCGCCUAGAAGCCAUAAUGCUUCAAGUUUUGGUAGUACAAUACCAGAUCCUUUACUGCUGCUCGAUCUCGCAGGCCGGGAUCUUCGAUUGACAAAUUGA